GUCCCGCUCCACGGUAGCUGCUUCGCUCCUCUCCACACCACAGCGACGAGACCGGAGCCGAGCAGGGCAGGGGUGGGGGGACAGACGGUCAGACAGACAGGCGGUGUGUGCAGCAGGAUGGCCUCUGUCCUCUGCGAUGUGCAGUAAAUGGGAUUAAACCGCUCAGACAGCGCUUGGAAACACUAGUUGUAGUAGUAGUGGAGAGCAGGGGGAGCUCGCGCCGAGCUGCGCCGCAUGUGCUCGCCCGCGUGCGCCUGGAAAACUUGCGCCCGUCCGUCUGAGAGAAAAACAACCAAGAAGAAGAGGAAAACUAACUACAGCUGCAGCCGCAAACAACCCCGAGUUCAGGUUUAACCUCCGGGAUCCGCAGUAGCAGCAAACCAAAGCGACCCCUGCCUCCUCUCUCACAUGCCUGCGUUGAUGUGGGAGAGAGGGAGGGGAGCGGAGCCGGGGGAUGUUUGAAUCACCUCUCUGAAAACUUGCACGAAUACUACGAGGGCAAGAAAAGAGGUCGCGUUUGGCCGUUUCGUGGGAACUGAAGGGGACAUCAGGGUGUCAUGGAGAGCCAAGUGGGCGAGCACCAGAGCUGCGAAGACGUGCGGAAGAGCGGCUACCUCCGCAAGCAGAAGUCCAUGCACCGGCGGUACUUCGUGCUCCGCGCCGCCUCGGAGCGCGGCCCGGCCCGGCUCGAGUACUACGAGAGCGAGAAGAAAUUCCGCGGCAAGGCCCCCGUGCCGAAGAAAGCCGUGGCGCUGGAGACGUGCUUCAACAUCAACAAGCGGGCCGACUCCAAGAACAAGCACAUGAUCGUGCUCUACACCCGGGCCGAGAGUUUCGCCAUCGCCGCGGAGAACGAGGCGGACCAGGACGAGUGGUACCAGGCCAUGGUGGACCUGCAGUGCAAAAGUAAGAAUCCAUCUGACAGCGGUGCUGCGGGGGACUAUGGAGUGCCCAAUCCUGGGCCCGCAUUCAAAGAGGUAUGGCAGGUGAAGGUGUGGCCCAAAGGCCUCGGCCAAACCAAGAACUUGGUGGGGAUCUACCGCCUUUGCCUGACUGACAAGACAGUCAACUUUGUCAAACUCAACUCUGAUGCUGCUGCCGUGGUGCUGCAGCUGAUGAACGUCCGACGCUGCGGGCAUUCAGAGAACUUCUUUUUCGUUGAAGUGGGGCGCUCUGCGGUGACUGGCCCAGGCGAGUUCUGGAUGCAGGUGGAUGAUUCGGUGGUGGCCCAGAACAUGCAUGAAACUUUGCUAGAGGCCAUGAAGGCACUGAGCGAGGAGUUCCGCCAACGCAGCAAGUCUCAGUCGAACUCCGGCCCUGGAGGAGGCGCUACUGCUUCUAACCCCAUCAGUGUUCCCUCACGCCGCCACCACCCAAACCCUCCUCCUAGCCAGGUGGGCUUCACCCGCCGUCCCCGAACUGAGCCUCCUGGUGGAGCUAAUGGUGGGGCAGGGGUCAGCAGUGCCAAUGCCUCUCCCACCCCACGACAUAGCUUCCCAAGGUCUCGCACUGCCAGUGAUGGAGGGAAAGGUGAAGAAGGGAUGGCAGGAACCACACCGCUCCAAGGGCCAAGCUCCAGCCCCUCCAUUAAUGGCUCCUGCUCCACUACCCCAAUCCUCAGGUCGAAGUCAGCCCGUUCAGCCCCCACCACAGCUGCUAAAACUCCAAUUGGGUUGAUGCGCUCCAUCUCCACCCCAGCACCCUCCCCAGCUCCAAGCCUCUCAUCUAGCUCUGGGCAUGGGUCUGAGUUUGGAGGUGUCACAACCUCUGCUGGUGCUGGUCCGUCUGGUGCCUACAGUCGUGUGCCAUCCCAUCGCACAUCUGUCUCAGGCUCUCCCAGUGACUAUGGCUCCUCAGAUGAGUAUGGCUCUAGUCCUGGGGAUCACACGCUCCUCCCCUCCCCAAGCCUCCCUGGAAGCUCUGUUGGUAGCGUUGGCAGCCAGUCCCUUAGCGAGGAGGGAGCCAACUAUAUCCUCAUGGGCCAACGUAGUGGUGGUGGUGGUACCAGUAAUCAAGGGAGCUUGACAUCCAGCUCGCUGCCAGGACCAGGAACACCUGCCUGUGGCUCGCAGCCCCAGACCAGGAGAGUGCUGCGCCGCUCCUCCAGUCGCGAAUGUGAAGCUGAACGUCGGCUGCUGAGCAAGAGGGCUUCGUUACCUCCUAUGGCCCUAGAGAGGCUGGCCCCACGUCAGCGCAGAGCUGAGGAGCCAGCCGAAGAAGAUUCAGCUGAUUAUGCCAUCAUGUCGAGGAGCACCAGCCGCGAGUCCUUUACAUCCACCUCCUCUUCCACACAGAGGGAAUCUGUCAUAGGUGCUGGGUCAGCAGGGGCAGGAGGAGGUUACUUGGAUGUGGCGGGUGAAUUCAAAAGUGAAGGGGGUGGAGGGGCAAGUGGGAAUGUAGAUUUAGGUGUGGACAAUGGGUACAUGUCCAUGCUGCCUGGCGUCACUCAGCCUCCAGUGUCCCUGUCCCAGUCACUGGCCGUCUCUGUCCCAGACUCGGAUUCCAAACCUGCUGAUGAUUACAUGGCCAUGACCCCUAACAACAGUGUGUCCCCUCCACAGCAGAUCCGCCCUCCACCAGCUUCUGAUGGCUAUAUGAUAAUGUCCCCAAAUAGCAGCUGUUCCCCUGACCAGCGUGGAGGUCUCUCUGGAGGGGCGUGGGUGGAAAGUGGCAGUGCCGACAGCAGGGCAGGCAGUGACUAUAUGAACAUGUCUCCAAUCAGUGCACGCUCUGUAAAUGGCAGCCCCCCACCUCCUGAGCACACCAGUCAUUUGGAGACCAGUUGUCAACAGCAAGCCCCCAAGAUGGUGUAUUCUUACUAUUCCCUUCCCCGAUCUUACAAACACAACCCCUCUGCUGGACACUUUGAUGAUGGGCCUGGACGAGGCAGAAGGCCCAAUGGGAGUUGUAGUAGGGGAAUGGGUGGAGGAAGGACUAUGGGAGGGCGUCAGGAGCAACCAGCAGCAGGCAAUUCAAUGGUUGGACGCCACCUGUCGCUCUCCUCUUCCUCAUAUUCCUCCAGCUCAGCCAGCAGCGAGAGCCUCGGAGAGAGCGAGGACAGAGCUAACCAGGCAGUGAACACCGUGGCUGGGACAACUCAGUCCAAAGAUGGUAGUAAGAUCCAGCAGAGACGUGGUUCAGGUGGAUUGUCCAAGCAGGGUAGCUAUACUAGAAGCAGACCAGUGAGCCUGUUUGUUGAUGUAUCCAAGGCUAACACCCUUCCAAGGGUCCGUGAGAACCCUCUGCCCCCAGAACCUAAGAGCCCUGGAGAGUACGUAAGCAUUGAAUUUAAGGGCGAGAAGUGCAGCCAGACAGGGGUCGGAGGAGGGCGGGGCAGGGGUCUCAGGCAUGGUUCGUCGUUGCCUCAUGGCUCAAGCAGCAAGCUUCCUCAACACAGGCCAACUUCUUGCUUAGGGAACUUUAUCCCCCUCUCCCGUAGCCCCUCUGCCCCCAUAACCCCCCCAGCUGCCUCUGAGUAUGUCAACAUGGACUUGGGCCCUUCUCCAUCCCCCUCACCCCUCUCCCUUACUCCACUAGUUUUCCCCUCUUUCCACACCCCUCCUACGCCUCCAACUCUUGCUCAUGCCCCCAAAGCCUGUGACGAGGGUACUGCUGGCCCUCGUGAAGAGGGGGCCGAAGUGGCAGAGGCCCCACUUAGGAAAAGCAGAGAAAGUGUUCCAUCAGUGACUGAGUCUGAGUCCCCAACAUCCUGUGGGGACUACACAGAGAUGGCCUUCAGCUUGAAUAGCAACACCGUCCCUAGGUCAUCAUCCAGUGUCUCCCCCAAAGCCCCUUCCCCCACUAGGACUGAUCCUUCUGUUCCAGUGCUUUCACGGGGUCUGGACUUCCCCCUACCCAAACCAGGACCCAACCCAGACCACGGUGCUAAAGUCAUCCGGGCCGACCCCCAGGGACGCAGACGGCACUGCUCAGAAACCUUUCUUGCCUCACCUUCCCUCCCCACCUCUACCUCUACCUCCUCGUCCUCCACUGCCUCCCUCUUUCCAGAACAUGCCCAAGCUGUGGCCCGCCGGCUGGGCUUUGAAAGCAUGCUGUGGGGGAACGGUGCUGUGACCGAUAACCCCUCUCAGUUCGCCCUCCCUGGACAGCAGUCCCUUCCCACAAACACUCAGAGUUCGUCCACAGAGCAAGGCCUUAACUAUAUUGACUUAGACUUGGCCAACAAAGAGAGCCCCCAUUUGGGCCUGGAUGGACCCUCAGGUAGCCAGGCCCCAUCUCGUCUCUUCUCCGUGCUGGGUGGAGGUUCUGGGGUCGGGGGAGUGAGCGCAGCAGUUGGCAGCAGUAGCAGCAGUUCCAGCCUCAACACUUACGCCAGCAUCGACUUCUACAAAUCAGAGGAGCUGCGGACGCAUCAGAAUGGAAACAAGGAGGGAACAGAGUGCUGAUGAUGUCAGUGCGUCGUCAGUGCGUCGUCCUUGGGGAAACAAUCUGGUACCACUCAGAGCUUCAGAGCUCCGCCUGUUCCUUUUGUGACAACCAAUCACGUCAAGAGAGCAGCUGAAGCAGACACGCCCCUGAAGCACUUUGACAGAGACUGAUGGAAAACCUUUUUUUUUUUUCUCUUCACUUUCAUCUUGUUGGUUGCGGAAACCAACGGGGAUGUGUGCCAAAUGACACUCUUGAAAAGCCAUUUGCUGCUCUCAUUCCUUGAGUGAAAGCCAAUCAGAGAAGGCUACAAAAAAAUCUGUGUUUUUUUUGUUUUUUGUUUUUUUUUUCCAAGAGAAAAAUCAUUAAAAGUAUAAUAGUGGCUGACUAUUUAGUUUCAUGAUAAAGAAAAUAAAUAGAAUUAUGUAUCAGCUCAAAAAGUGCCUCAUGUUCAGAUUGUAGCCAUUUUACAAAGAACUUCAACUUAGCCUCGACUAACUGAAGCUUUGGUUUGUUUGUUUUUGUUUUUUUGGGCUUGAUUUGAUGUAGUUGCACAAAAAAAAAAAAAAACACAGCAGAACAUAUAGAUAAAUUGGGUAGCACCGGUGUGAGCUUUUGUUGCGUUCAAGUCAUAUGGGAUGAAUGGCAGGAAUCAAAGAUACUCCAGUGUUUACAACUUGCAAGCAUGCAGUUUAUGAUUGCAGAGUUUAACAUUCAUAGUUACGAUUAGAUGCGGACAUGAUUUAUAUUUACAAGUCAGAAACUGGAAAUCACAGUGAGUCCGAUAUGGCCUGAACGCAGCAUUUUCGCUACCACUGCUAAUGAUAACGGUACUAGCGAUGAGCUGGCCUUCCUGUCUACUGUGAGAAAUAUUAGCACAGCUGCUGUUAGCAUUCUGCUCGUUUUAACUUACGCUGCUUCUAUUCCUCUUCUUCCUCCUUCUCCUUCCUCCCUGCCGAGCCAUACACCUGAAGUAUUAAACACGCAGGCUUGACACAAAAUGCACUUGUAGCAGGGGAUGCAUACAUAGCUAGCUAGUUAGCUAAAGCCAGCUAGGCCAGAUUAAGAUAUUAGCAUUGUGCCAGGACGUAAAUUCACCAUCCUGCUGACUCCAGCCCAGGAUGAGACCCCUGAUACAGAGCCAAGCAAUCCCAUUAGUGCUAUUAGCUGCAGACACUUAUGUCCCACUUAAUCCCCUUCGUCUCAGGAUGCUAACCAUACGGUACAUAUAGUGAAGGAUAGAGACCCUAUCAAUAGCCAUGCUAAUGCUAGCUCUGUAGCGGUCAGCACACCGCUUUAAGCACCAGAAACGGGGUCAGUUAUGUCAAUUCUGCAAGUACGAAACAAUAAAUGCUCAUUUGUCCUCAGUUGUUUUAUACAUUAAGGUACCAAACGUUUUAAGACGAAUGAUUUUACACUUUUAAACUAGUUGAAUUGAAAGUGGUUUGACCCUAAAUCCUUCUUUAAGACUCUCUGUUCCUGUCUCCUUCCCUCCCUCCUUUCUGUCUUUCGCUUGGCUCUUAUUUUAAUCUCCGCUAUGCAUCAGCACUUAAGUGCCUGUCUGUCCUUUUUAUCUGUCUGUCUCUCUGCCCCGUCUUAGCAGCUAGCACUAAUAGGGCUGUCCUAGCAGAAUAUAUCAAGUCUAUUUUUGUGUCUAUUUUUGUCUCUUUUGGCUGUACAGUUCUCAUAAAGUAACUCGUUUAUGUUUGUUCGGUGUGACAAUGAUUUUAUCAGAUGACUUGACUGACAGGUAUGGCCCCAAUCAGAGGAGUUUUUGGACUGUUUCUCUUUGCCGGUAAUGGAGGACUUGGGCCGUCAGUGCCAAAACACCACAACUACAAAAAAAAAAGACUAAAGCUCCGACAGCACCUCAAGAAGCAGCCUUCGGCUCUCAAGUCUGGACGUAUUGCUUUGUUUCUGUUUUAAACAUGUAACCUUUCGUGCUCCCCCCGUUGUUUUCUCUUGUAGCGAGGGGGGAAGAACUGUGACAUAUCUCACCUCGCAGUCUGCUGAUGUGACUCUUGGAGAUAAAGGUCAUUGUGAAGACUUGCAUAUGCUUUAACCUUGAGUUUGCAUGAGGGGAAGGAAAAGGCCACCACGGGAAAAAGCGACAACAAAAACCCAGUGUAGAAAUCCAUGUGCAUCUAUGUAGCUCCAAAUUGUACUCAUGUGUUUGUCUGCCUGCCUUGGGGAGUUCAUGAACUUUCUCCCUCUGGUCACAUGACUGUCAGUGGGGGCGGGGCCAAGAGCAUAACAAUGCAGCUUUAUUAUGAGCAGACUGGGAAUCUGUGGUUGGAAUUGCCUCAAAUAGCAGUUGCUAAUGGGAAAACUUAAAAAAAACAAUUGGACUUUAAAUACGACUCAGCACAUAAAUCCAUGCUUUCAUGCAGACCUGCAGGCAGACACAUGAUGAUUAGUUGAAAUGUUUCUGAUGUCUUUUGGAGAUGUUCUCAUAUUGAAGCUCAGCAGUAAAACACAAAUGCUUUGAAGGUACUUGUAGCUUAGAAAGAAAGCGCACAAGCAGCUAUGCUUUCAAUCCUGACAAGCAAACAUGAUCAUCCUGCCGUUCAGAGCCGCCUUUGAGCUCUGAGCAUUUUGUGAACUUUUGAAUGAACGUUGUUUUCUGUUUUUUUUUUUUGCUUUGUCAAACUGCCUGCAGUCUCGAUGGUCACAGCCACAUAUCAUGAAUAAAAGUUCCUUUGGGAAAGCUCCACAGAGUUCAAGAGUUUAAGUGGCUGCAUGACUUCAUUCAUCGCGUUGUUGGCGAGUUUAGAGAUGUUCAUAAAAUGUGCAGGAAAGUGCUGCUGCUGUUCACAAUUGUCCUAUCUCCUCCUCCUGUUCCCCCGAGGGAUGGUACUGAAUAGGAAUGCUGUGAGAUUUGCCAUUGAUGUAAACAGUUUUACUUCUGUUGCUCGACAAGAAAAAAACAAAACAAAAAAAAAAGUUAGCACAAUUAGAGAUGUUCAUAAAAUGUGCAGGAAAGUGCUGCUGCUGUUCAAAAUUGUUCUAUCUCUUCCUCCUGUUCCCCCGAGGGAUGGUACUGAAUAGGAAUAUUGUGAGAUUUGCCAUUGAUGUAGACAGUUUUACUUCUGUUGCUUGACAAAAAAAAACUGACUAAAAGGAAAAAAAAGUCAAACAAGAAAAGGGCUUGUGGUUUCUUUUGUUUCUGUGACUGCUAAGUUUCCUUUUGAGUGAUUUAAUGGAGAUGAUUGUUAAAAAGUGACAGGCUUAAGACAGAAAAACAACAGCGCUACUGAUC